CCCUCUUCCGUUCUCGGAUCCGGCGGCACUCCCUCGUGCUGAGCUGCUACGAAGCCCCUGCCGGCAAGCUCGUAGGAGCUUGAAACCGUUGUCACCCCUCCGACUCUCACCAGGGGGAAAAAAUGGUUGAAGCAGAUCGCCCAGGAAAGCUUUUCAUUGGUACAGAAACAAAUGAAAAAGCCCUUGAAGCAGUAUUUGGCAAAUAUGGACGAAUAGUGGAAGUUCUAUUGAUGAAAGAUCGUGAAACCAGCAAAUCAAGAGGAUUUGCUGUUGUCACCUUUGAGAGCCCAGCAGAUGCUAAGGAUGCAGCCAGAGACACGAAUGGAAAGUCCUUCGAUGGAAAAGCCAUCAAAGUAGAACAAGCCACUAAGCCAUCAUUUGAAAGUGGUAGACGUGGACCACCGCCACCUCCAAGAAGCAGAGGUCCUCCAAGAGCUCUUAGAGGCGGAAGAGGAGGAAGUGGAGGAACCAGGGGACCUCCCUCACGUGGAGGGCACAUGGAUGAUGGUGGCUAUUCCAUGAAUUUUAACAUGAGUUCUUCCAGGCGACCACUUCCAGUAAAAAGAGGACCACCACCACGAAGUGCAGUUACUCAAGCACCACGAAGUGGUGGUCCUCCUCCUAAAAGAUCUCCCCCUUCAGGACCAGUUCGCAGCAGCAGUGGAAUGGGAGGAAGAGCUCCUGCGUCACGUGGAAGAGAUAGUUAUGGAGGCCCACCUCGAAGGGAACCCCUGCCCUCUCGUAGAGAUGUUUAUUUGUCCCCAAGAGAUGAUGGAUACUCCACUAAAGACAGCUAUUCAAGCAGAGAUUACCCAAAUUCUCGUGAUACAAGAGAUUAUGCACCACCGCCGAGAGAUUAUACUUACCGUUAUGGUCAUUCCAGUUCACGUGAUGACUACUCGUCAAGAGGCUAUAGUGAUAGAGAUGGCUAUGGUCGUGAUCGUGACUAUUCAGAUCAUCCAAGUGGAGGCUCCUACAGAGAUUCAUAUGAGAGUUAUGGUAACUCACGUAGUGCUCCACCUACACGAGGGCCCCCGCCAUCUUAUGGUGGAAGCAGUCGCUAUGAUGGUUACAGCAGCUCACGUGACGGAUAUGGUGGAAGUCGAGACAGUUACUCAAGCAGCCGAAGUGAUCUCUACUCAAGUGGUCGUGAUCGGUUUGGCAGACAAGAAAGAGGGCUUCCCCCUUCUAUGGAAAGGGGGUACCCUCCUCCACGUGAUUCCUACAGCAGUUCAAGCCGCGGAGCACCAAGAGGUGGUGGCCGAGGAAGCCGAUCUGAUAGAGGGGGAUGCAGAAGCAGAUACUAAAAACAAACAAAACUUUGGACCAAAAUCCCUGUUCAAAGAAACAAACAAAAAAGUGGAACCUUUUCUGUCAUAACUACCCAAGGACUACUAAAAGGAAAAACUGUGUUACCUUAUUUUUAAUUUCCUGUUUAAGUUCCCCUUCCAUAAUUUUUAUGUUCUUGUGAGGGAAAAAAAGUAAAACCUGUUUAAUCUUAUUUGACUUUAUGACAUUGCUUUCAAUAAGCAAAUGUUAAAUGUGUUAAGACUUGACUUGUGUACUAGUAUUGUAAUUUUUCAAGUUAAAAGUGUCCCUAAAGGCCACUUCCUAUAUCAGAUUUUUCCCAGUAAGUGAGGCAAGGCAAUUCUAAGACCUUCCACAAACAUCUAGCCAUCUAAAAUGGAGAGGUGAAUCCUUCUGCCUAUACAAACAAGCUAGCUGUUAGAGGGUGGUCGGGGUAUGCUACUCGUAGGAUUUCAGAGGGUCUUCAAACUGAAAUCUCAAUGUUCUCCGUAUGAAAAACCUGAGAUCAGAUGCUUAUGGAAGGAAAGUGCUAUUCACCCAGUAAACCCAAAAAACCAAAUGGAUAAUGCUGGCCAUAUUUUGCCUUUCUGACAUUUCCUUGGGAAUCUACAAGAACCUCCCCUUUUCCCUCCCCCCAAUAAGACCACUUAAGUGUGUGUUAAGCAACUACAGAAUACUAAAUAAAAAGUUUGGCCAAAACAAAAAAAAAAAAAAAAAAAA